GAUGAUAAUCUAAUAAUCUGUGUUGAACUCUGAAACAUUUCUUUUAGGAACGAAGAGGAAACUUAGUGAAACUGAUUCAAAGGCAGAGGAUAUGAAAUCUGAAGCUGGUAAGAGCAGUGCUGCAAGUGAUUCUUUAGAUGUAGAGCAAGAGGCUGAAGGCAAAAAUGAUGGAAAGAUGAUAGCGAAAGACGAACCGGGGAGAUUGCCUCAAAAGGACAGGAAAAGACAGUCGUGGAGAAUAUCCAUUGGCAAACUAAAGGUCAGUGGUAACCCUGGAAACAAACCAAUUGGUGGCAGAAUCGUGCAGAAAUCUGGUCUGCGUACAUAUCAAACCAGAAACAAGGAGAAAAAGUUUUUCUUUAACCUGGGGGUGGCCGAUGAAACAGGCAGCAUUAAAGUGGUGGUGUAUGGAAAAGAGCACUAUCAGGACAUCCAGGAGAAGAGCUGCUACAUGUUCAGAAAUGUCAUCAUGGAGGGAAAUGACAUUAAAGUGACCAAAUUAAGCAUCGUAUCGAAGACAUCACAGAUUGAUGUUCCUGAGAAUCUGGAGAUGGAAGCUCGGAUGCUCGUUGAUUUCCAGACUCCAGUUUGCUCCAUCGAACAGGCCAACAGAUCAGCGGAGAAGACAUUAGUGAGUGUUGGAGGAAAAGUAGCAGAGGUUCAGAGUGCUGCAGUCCAGAGCGUCACCAUCGAGAUUAUCGGGAUCAUAAGAGCCAGCGGGACGCAGACUGAGCUGGAGGCGGAGCUCAGCCAUAACAUUGUAAUCGGAAGGUUGCCGAUCCUGAUGUCUGCUCACAACUGA